AUGAACAUUAACCCGGACUCAGCCAAGGAAAUCCCUUGUAAGAACGUUACCAUCUACGGGUUUUGCAAAUACGAGAAGAAAGGUUGUGUGUUUAGCCACGACAACUCCACUCCGGGCUCUCUGAAGACUUUAACACCAAAGGCGUCGUCCUCAAAGCUUAAUACUGCCGAUUCUCAAAGUAUGGCUCGGAACAACGGAGCUGCUGGGGAAUCUACCUCCAAGAAGAAGUUCAACGCCAGCACACCUUCAUUCCAGCCGUCGGUGCAGAGCAUCACCAAUAAGUUCUCGUCGUUGUCGCCCAAAUUGAAAGACCUCCCGCUGUUUGUGCCUGCUGGUCUCGAAAAAGAAGACACGGUUUCCACCCCGACGCAAACGAAGAAGUUCAAUGCCUCCACCCCUUCUUUCACCCCAUCGUACGAAAGCUCGAACCAUUUCAAUAAUUCUGCGUUGGGAAGCGACACGCUGCAGCUGGUGUUUUCGCCGCUGAUCCAUGCUCAGCCGUCGAUGUUGGGAGGCUCUGGAAUAUCUGGCCAGCAACAACUGCAAACACAGCAGAAUCCGUAUCUCGCAGGUCCCACCCCACCUCCUCUUGGGGGAAUGGGUAGUAUGGGCUCGAGCCAGGCUUCUGACUUCAUGUUUUCAGGCGGCCAGUCAUCAUCAACCUACACCCUCAACAAUCACUUGUAUGCCCCAGCGCCACCUCCUCGGUUGGCGAUGUCCUUGAACGACCACCAAACUAAUGUUAAUGACAUGUUUAUCCCCAACAACUUGCGAGAAGAGCUCAUGAAGAAGAACGAAGCCACAUUACAGACCCUUCCUCUGCUGACAUUACCGGACCAUGUUGGCGAGUACCACUCGUUGGUGCCAAUGGACGUAACCUUUACCCAGCCUUCAAAGAUUUACGACUUGCCAAGCUAUGUCUAUAAAGCUACAUCAAACGUGAAUGGUCUCCCGUAUGCUAUACGCCGCAUAGACUUCAACAGCAAGGCACAGUUCUCGCAGGAAAUCGACCUUCGCCCCUUCGUGAAAUGGAAAAAGAUCAAGAACCCAAAUGUGGCUCGUGUGCUUGACGCUUUCACUACGGUUGCCUUUGGCACUUACGAGCCCGUUUUGAGUGUGGUUUACGAUUAUUUCCCGCUCGCCAACACUUUACAGGAACAACAUAUCACCAGAAAGCUAGGAAGCAAACUAGAACCCGUCACGGAAGACACCCUCUGGUCUUACUUCACCCAGAUCACCAACGCACUCAUUCACAUCCACACUCAUACAUUAACGGCAGGGUCGUCCUUGUCAUUAUCGAAGAUUUUGGUCACCAACAAAGGCAGGAUAAGACUUGCAGCUGUUGGUAUAGAUGACGUUAUAAACACUGAAGAAGAGAUUGCAUUCGAGCAGGCUCAGCAGAAGGAUUAUGAACUCUUCAAACAGACUAUACUUGAGCUAGUGAAGACCACUGUACCUCAGAGUUGGCGCCAGGAUAAUUACGAUACAGUUGUCUCGAAGUUGUCGAGUUUAUCUACAGUGAAUUACAGUGAGGAUUUUAUUGAAGCACUAAAGGCUUUCUCCAAGCUUGGUGAAGUGUCCUUGAAAGACUUCUUCAGUAAGCACCUCGCGCUUCGGUCGCUCAGGGUACUCAGCGGCUUUGAGGAUCUGGCCGACUACAUGGAGAGCCAGCUCACCUCCGAGAUAGAGAACGGCCGUCUUUUCCGUUUGAUGGCCAAGCUCGACUUGUUGGUGAAUUUAUCAGAGAAAGACAAGGCCGACAAUGGCAGCUUUUACGUUAUAAAACUCUUCCACCAGUUUGUGUUCAACUCGUACGACGAGUUUGGCAAACCCGUGGUGGAUCUUUCCAGAAUACUUGUCAACUUGAACAAGCUAGAUGCGGGAGUUGACGAGAAGAUCUUGCUCAUAUCUGCCGAGGAAGACAGCUGUAUUAUAGUGAGUUACAAGGAGGUGAAGAACAUUAUAGAGCUGACGUUCAGAGGGGUUUUCCGCUAG